CUGCUAUCUAUCUAGCCUCAACCAAAGCCUUAUCAAUAAGCAUAGAAAGCUAUAAGCUUAAAAAAAGAUCUCGUCUCACUAUACUACACUGAUCAACUAGUCAAUCCUGGCCAAAACUCAAUCUAAACAAUCCAAGCAUACAUUUGGAUGAGUAAGGAAAUCCGUUAUCCGAAUAACGAAAAAUGUACUCUAAAUUUGUAUAUCAUUUAUCGUGUUAAAUAGAAAUUCUUGCUUUAAUGUCUGUGAGAUAUAUUCAUUGAUUUUAGUUUUUUUGCCCUAAGAUGCUUACACAAGUUUUGUGGAAGAGAUAUUACAUUGGCAAUGUAUGAAGAAAAAUAAUUCAAAGCAUAAAAUGGUGAAAAGUGUUUUAAAAUAAUGUAAAAGCUUAAUUUCUAUAAACUGUUUGCGUGUUACAGAUCUUGUUUAUAUGCCACAAUUAUCUUCAUUCAUUAGGGAAUCUUCAUUAUAAAUCUAGACAGACAUUAUCGUUGCAUAUGUUAUUUGGAAUUUCCUUGUACUCAUGACUAUGCAUUUAAAACUUUAGUUUAAAAAUUAUUUUGGCAGUUUGUGUUGAAGUGUCUUAAUUUGCAGCCAGUCUCAGGAAAUCUCUUCAUAAUGUUUGUGUGAAAAGUGUGUUACUCAUGAAAUAUGCUAUUUGAGCAAUGUUUGUCAUAGAAAAAUAAUGGUUUGACUAAACAAUUUCAUUUUUAAUCAAAUGUAAACAUUUAUUUAUUUAGUUAGCCUGCUAAGCAAUUAACAAUAGUAAUAGGUUAAGAUAACUAAAUUUUUAUGAAGCAUAUUAGAUUAAUUUUUUGUUUACACUAGUUUAAAUUUUCCGUAUCUCUGUGUAUGUGAAAAAAUAUUUGAUCUAAAGUGAAUACUUCAACCUAUAAUAUGUAAUUUUAUUUUUGUCUUAAGUCUGUAUCAUUAAAUAUUCUUUAUAAUAUUAGUUUCUUAAGGUUGGUUUUUGUGUUCAUCUUAAUCAUAUGAUAGUCGAAACAUAUAGUUAGAAACUUAAAAAUUUGUACUAAUAUUAAUAUUAAGACUAAUAUUUCUAAGUAAUAGACAACCCUUCUUGUUGGUGAUAACAAGAAUACUUCUUCUUGUGUAACAUGUAAUAAGAGUUUUUCUUAGAAAAGUUUACUAGUUACAACAACUUUAUUUAAAUGCACACAUUUUUACGCAAGGUGUUAUGAAAUGAACUAAGACUAAUAUUUCUAAGUAUUAGGACUCAUUCAUGUUGGUGAGAAUACUUAUUCUUGUGUAAUAAGAGUUUUUCUUAGAAAAGUAAUACUGGUUAUUAACCUGAUUCUUGUAAUAAGAGUCUUUCACUAAGAAGUAAUGUGACGGAAUACAGUCAUGUCCAUACUGGUGUGAAGCCACAUUCUUGUAGCAUAUGCAAUAAGAGUUUUUCCCAUAAAAGUGACAUGACUAAACUCUAUCCUGUUCGAAUGGGUGAGAAAUCCUUUUCCUGUAAUGUAUGUAAUAAGACUUUUUCAAAGAGAAGUAAUCUGACUAAUCACAGUUAUGUUCAUACUGGUGAGAAACCUUUUUCUUGUAGUAUAUGUAAUAAGAGUUUUUCUCAAAAAAGUCAUCUAACUUCACACAAUCUUGUUCACACUGGUGAAAAACCUUUUUCUUGUAGUAUAUGUAAUAAGAGUUUUUCAAUAAAAAGUAAUCUAACUGAACACAAUCGUGUUCACACUGGUGAGAAACCUUAUUCUUGUAGUAUAUGUAAUAAGAGUUUUUCUCAAAGAAGUAGUCUGACUGGGCAUUUUCGUAUUCAUACUGGUGUGAAGCCACAUUCUUGUAGCAUAUGCAAUAAGACUUUUUCCCAUAGAAGUGAUAUGACUAGACACAGUCGUGUUCACACUGGUGAGAAACCUUAUUCCUGCAGUAUAUGUAAUAAGAGUUUUACAAACAGAAGUGAACUGACUAAUCACAGUUAUGUUCAUACUGGUGACGACCCUUUUUCUUGUAGUAUAUGUAACAAGAGAUUUUCACGAAUAUGUAAUCUGACUAAACACAGUCGUGUUCACGCUGGUGAGAAAUCUUAUUCUUGUAGUGUAUGCAAUAAGAGUUUUUCGGGAAAAAGUAAUAUGACUAAACACAGUCGUGAGCACACUUUUGAGAAACCUUAUUCUUGUAGUAUAUGUAUUAAGAGUUUUUCACAAAAAAAUAAACUGACUAGACACAGUCGUGUUCACACUGGUGAGAAACCUUAUUCUUGUAGUGUAUGUAAUAAAAGUUUUUCACGAAAAAGUUAUCUGACUACGCACAGUCGUGUUCACACUGGUUAGAAACAUUUUUCCUGCAGUAUAUGUAAUAAGAAUUUUCCACAUAGAAGUUGUCUGACUGAGCAUUUUCAUGUUCAUACCAGUAAGAAACCUGAUUCUUGUUGUUAAUUCUUAGAGUUUAUCUUCAUAAAGGGUUUAUAUUUUAUUUAGAGGGUCUCAUUGUUAAUUUUUAUGUAAAUAAAUAAAAAAUUUAAAGUUUU